AUGACCUGGCCUGACGUCUCCGUUAAGCCCGCCGAGGGCGUCUCAUACUUCACCCCUAGCCAGAGCCCCCCGGCAGGCUCAGCUCGCAAUCCUCAAACGAGCGGAAAGCCCAUUCCCAAGCUAUUUAAGCCUCUCACCGUCAGAGGAGUGACUUUCCAAAAUCGUCUUGGUCUGGCGCCUAUGUGCCAAUACAGCGCUGAAGACGGCCACAUGACCGCCUGGCACAUGGCGCACUACGGCGCCAUUGCCCAGCGCGGACCAGGAAGCAUGAUCAUCGAAGCAACCGGUGUUGUCCCCGAAGGCCGCAUCACUCCCGGCUGCCUGGGUCUCUGGAAGGACUCGCAGAUCGCGCCUCUGAAGCAGGUCGUUGAGUUUGCACACAGCCAAGGCCAGAAAAUCGGUAUCCAGCUCGCACACGCCGGCCGCAAGGCGUCGACGGUGGCGCCUUGGCUUGGCGGUGUUGUCGCGAACAACUCUGUCGGCGGUUGGACCGAUAACGUCAAGGCUCCCAGCGCCAUUCCCUUUGCUGAGGGCGAUCCUGUCCCCAUUGCCAUGACCCAGGACGAUAUCGCCGAGGUCAAGACUGCCUGGGUUGCUGCUGUUAAGCGUGCUAUUGCUGCUGGCUGUGAUUUCAUCGAGAUCCACAACGCUCAUGGUUACCUCCUCUCGUCUUUCCUGAGCGCCUCUUCCAACAAGCGCACCGAUAACUACGGUGGCAGCUUCGAGAACCGUAUUCGUCUGUCCUUGGAGAUCGCUCAGUUGACCCGUGACGCUGUCGGUGAUGAUGUGCCCGUCUUCCUGCGUGUGUCGGCUACCGACUGGCUCGAGAACAGCAUGCCAGAUGAGAAGGGCUGGAAGCUUGAGGACACAGUUGAGUUCGCUCGCGCGCUUGCUGCGCAGGGAUGUGUCGAUCUGAUCGAUAUCAGUACUGGUGGUGUGCACUCUGCUCAGAAGGUUACCUCUGGUCCUGGUUUCCAGGUUCCUUACGCUGCUGCUGUCAAGAAGGCUGUCGGGGAUAAGAUGCUUGUUGCUGCUGUUGGUAUGAUCAACAGCGGAAACUUGGGAGAGAAGAUUCUUAACGAUGAUGAUCUUGAUGUCAUCCUUGUUGGUCGUGCCUUCCAGCGUGAUACUGGUCUCGCUUGGCAGUUUGCUAAGGACUUGGAUGUUGAGAUUGCCAUGGCUGCACAGAUUCGCUGGGGUUUCACCAGCUUCCGCAAUGCGUCCGAGUAUAUUCAGCCGAACUCUAUGAAGGCUUCCAUUUUUGAUUAG